AUGCGGCUGAUACGAGUAAACCGAGUCCUGAGCUUGUGGAACAGAAUCCCCCUCCCAGAUCCAACACGGAGCCUCACAACCCCCCUCCGAAGAUCCGACACCGGAAGCCAAAAUGCCCUGUUCUCAGCUAUAGUCCGCUUGAAUAUGACUUCUUUGAAUCCCGCGGAUCUGGCGGCUCUGCGAAACCGCUUCAGGAGAGACCCGGACUCUGUGCCCUCGGAGGCGGCGGACGAGAGCCACCCGGAGGAGACGUCCCAGAAGCCCCUCCCUCGUCUCAACCGUCACUCUGUGUUCUGGAUCUUCGCCGCCGUCGCUGUCACCUACUACAUGGACUUCUUCCACCAGCUUCUGCACAGUGACCUCAUCAACAGGUGGUGGUUGAAUGUGGGUCUUCUCUUCCUCGCUCUCUGCCUCUCCCUUGCCCUCUUCUGUAUUGUGUACCUGGAGUGGUUUAAGGGCAUCACCCACUACGACCAGCAGUACCCGGCUGUGCCUGCAGUCACCACAGCUGCGUUCAUUGCUGCAUCCUGCAGUUUGAACCUGGCGCUCUGGCCUCUUUGGUCCUUCCUUGCACCCCUCAUCCUCUUCACUCAGUUCAUGGGAGCUGUGAUCUGUUCCGCACGGACACAGAAGCGUCUGUGUGGAGAUCAGCGAAACAUGAAGAAGAGGGAGGAGGCGGCACGAGGGGGUGAAACUGAUCCACGUGAGUCAGCGGCUGAUGCGCGUGUGAACUCCUGCUGGCACGCGCCGGGUAUGACCCACAGGUGUCCCCCUCCCUUACCUCUCCUCUAA